CUCUCUCUCGGAGCUCUCGUCUCCCUCCGGCAAUGGCGGCCACUGACACCCAGUUCGAUCUCAGUCCGUCGCGCCACUCCGCCUUCUCCACCGGGGAGUACGCGUUCGCCGAUGCCGGGAACUUGGAGCAUUGCGCUCGGUACUUGAACCAGACGCUCGUCACUUUCGGCUUCCCCGCUUCGCUGGACCUCUUUGCCAUCGAUCCGGUAUCGAUCGCCAGGACUUGUAAUUGCAUUUACUCUUUGCUUCAGCAGAGGCAGCGCGAUGCUGAAUUCCGAGAGUCUGCUAACGAGCAGCGGCAGCGACUGCUUUCGGACAUCUCAAGAUUAGAAGCCAAAGUUGAGAGGCUGGAGUUACAACUGCAAGCAAAGGACAGGGAAAUUGCUACCAUUACUCGAACUGAAGCUAAAGCUACAGCUCAGUUUAAGGCUCAAAUUGAGAAGUUACAGCAAGAGAGAGAUGAAUUUCAGAGGAUGGUCAUCGGAAAUCAGCAAGUGAGGACUCAGCAGAUACAUGAGAUGAAGAAAAAAGAAAAGGAGUACAUAAAGUUGCAGGAGAGGCUAAACCAAGUCUUGAUGGAAAAGAAGAAGGAAUCUAGAUCAGGGAUGGAGAUAAUGAAUUUGCUUCAGAAAGAAGGUCGGCAACGUGGGACAUGGAAUGGGAAGAAGGCUGACAAUGACUUCUACAAAAAAAUUGUUGAUGCUUAUGAAGCCAAAAAUCAAGAGUUGAUGGCUGAGAACAAUGAUCUGCGGGCAUUAUUGCGGUCAAUGCAAACAGACAUGCGUGAAUUUUUCAAUGCUCCAAAUGGAUUGCCCAAGCAAUCUCAAGCUGUCAAUGGAAAACAUGAAAAUGACCCUUCCCAGUCUCCAUUGGGCGGGAGAACGGAUGUCUUUGACCUGCCUCUUCAUAUGGCCAGAGAUCAAAUUGAGGAAAGUCUUAGAAAUAAAAUGGCUUCGAUAAAGGAACGGAUGGUCCAAUUGCAAGAUGCACAGAGAGGGUCAGAAGUUACUUCUGAAGCCACUGAGAGAGAGCUUGAACUCGAAGCUCAACUUGUUGAGGCAAGGAGCAUCAUUCAGGAACAGGCAUCGAUAAUGACCAAACAUCUUGCAAAGACUGAGAGAACAAGGGAGCCAAUUAUACCAUCUCCUCUCGAGGGUCUUCGAACCGACACAGCAUGAUGGUUAAGAUUCUCUCGAGGGUGUCGGCUCCUAUCAACUCAGUAAUGUAAAACUUCGUGUACUUCGUGUUAGACUGACUACUUAAGAAACUAGCAAAGAGUUAUCAGUAGAGCAUCGGGACUGUACCUCAUUGUCUGUCGAUAUUGAUCAUCUUGUAGCUUGUCUUCAGCAAAUGAUGUUAGAGUGAAGGCUGAUAGCUUGUGGUUGUGGCACACUUCGGGAUGAUUCGUGAUGGUGACUUUUCUAAG